CGCUUUCAGCCUGGGUACGCGCAGAAAGGAGCUACGCAGGAGAGAGGGACAGAAGCCGAAUGGUGGAGCUGAAGAUGGCGGAUGGAGACAGCGGGAGUGAGCGCGGGGGCAGCAGCGGCGGAGGAGGCGGCGGCUUCCAGCACUUCCAGAGGGACCAGGAGACGCAGGAGCUGGCGUCCAAACGCCUCGACAUCCAGAACAAGCGCUUCUACCUGGAUGUCAAGCAGAACAGCAAGGGCAGAUUUAUCAAGAUCGCCGAGGUCGGGGCCGGGGGCUCCAAGAGUCGCCUGACCCUCUCCCUGUCGGUGGCGGCCGAGUUCCGGGACUACCUCGGGGAUUUCAUCGAGCACUAUGCCCAGCUGGGGCCUAGCAGCCCGGAGCAGAUCGCCCAGGCCAGCGUCGGGGAGGACGGCGGGCCACGGCGAGCGCUCAAGAGCGAGUUUCUGGUCCGCGAGAACCGAAAGUACUACCUGGACCUGAAGGAGAACCAGCGGGGGAGGUUCCUGCGGAUCCGGCAGACCGUUAACCGCGGUCCUGGCUUCGGAGUCGGGGGCCCCGCGGGCGGCAUGCUGUCCGGCCAGACCAUCGCCCUCCCGGCCCAGGGCUUGAUCGAGUUCCGAGACGCCCUGGCGAAGCUCAUAGACGACUACGGCGGGGACGACGAGGACCUGGCCGGGGGCGCCGCCGCCGGGGGCUACGGGGAGCUCCCCGAGGGCACCUCCAUCAUGGUGGACUCCAAGCGCUUCUUCUUCGACGUCGGCUCCAACAAGUACGGCGUGUUCCUGCGCGUGAGCGAGGUGAAGCCCAGCUACCGGAACUCUAUCACCAUCCCCUUCAAAGCCUGGAGUAAGUUCGGCGGCGCGUUCUGCAGAUACGCCGAGGAGAUGAAGGAGAUCCAGGAGCGACAGCGGGACAAGAUGUACGAGCGCCGGGACGAGUCCGAGGGCGACGACGUGGACGACGACUGAGGCCGAGGCAGCUGCUCGUCAGCGGCUCACGUGCAGCACCACAGACUGACAGUGCAUGAAGAACCGUGCUGUUCUAGUUAAAGUACAUGUGCAGGGAGUUAUUGGUGUUUUAUCCCGUAGGGUUGAUGGUUGGAGUGGUUGUGGACUAAUUGUGUAAAUGAGACGAGUCUCAUUGGGUAAAAAAAAGAGUUCUUCAUUGUAAAAAAAAAAAAAAAAGAAAUAAGAGGACAGAAAGAAUUUACUAAAAC